AUGAGUUCAAGAAAGCUAAGUUGUUGCAGUAGCCUAGCUCUGACGACAAUGAUUCUGCUUUCAUGUCAUUGCAUUGCGUUGGAAGCUAAGUUGCAAGUUGGGUUUUACCGAAACUCGUGCAGGGCGGCUGAGCUUGUCGUCAAAGAUGAAGUCCGGAAAGCGUUCUAUCGUGACAGGGGAGUGGCUGCUGGGAUUGUCAGGGUGCAUUUCCAUGACUGCUUUGUAAGGGGCUGUGAUGGCUCGGUGCUCAUAGAUUCUACUCCCGCAAACAAAGCAGAGAAGGAUUCUCCCGCAAAUAAUCCAAGCCUGAGAGGAUUCGAGGUCAUCGACAAUGCAAAGGCUAGGCUGGAAUCCAUAUGCAAAGGAGUUGUGUCAUGUGCUGAUAUAUUGGCUUUUGCAGCCAGAGAUAGUGUAGAGAUAACUGGAGGGCUUGGCUAUGAUGUUCCUGCUGGAAGAAGAGAUGGCCGUAUUUCUUUAGCUUCUGAGGUCUUGAACAAUUUGCCAACGCCUUUCAAUAACGUCAAUCAGCUUACCACGCUCUUUUGCAACAAGGGAUUCACACAAAAAGAAAUGGUUAUACUCUCCGGAGCGCACACCAUUGGGCGUUCUCACUGCGCGUCUUUUAGCAACAGGCUAUACAAUUUCAACAAGACAACGGGGCAAGACCCCAGCCUAGAUCCCCUCUAUGCAGCUAAACUGAAACAACAGUGCCCACAAGGCAGUAAGGAUCCAAAUCUGGUGGUGCAAAUGGACCCUGCAACCCCGGCCAUCUUUGAUGUUGCCUACUACACCGAUGUUUUGGCGAACCGGGGUCUCUUCACUUCAGAUCAAACGCUGCUCACAGAUCCAUCCACUGCAAAACAAGUCAGUCAGAAUGCUCGGACCCCAUUUCGCUGGAAAACUAAAUUUGCUGCUGCAAUGGUGAAGAUGGGUAAAAUUGGUGUCCUGACAGGGAAUGCCGGGGAAAUUCGAGCCAAUUGUAGAGUGGUUAAUCGCUAAAGAUCAGAAGA